UAAGAAAAUUAUCGAAAACAAUCUAAGCAAGCUAAAGGAUGAGCUAGCACAUACUCUGAACUACGUCGUGACAAAAAUCCAAGAAUUUGAAGCAACAAUGCAUGUGAGUGAACUGCCAAGACCAACUCAUUCCACCGUCAGCUGUCGACCCAAAGAUAAGAUCACAAUAAAAAAUGGUGAUAAACUCACUGCAACGAAACCCAAUCCAGUGGCGUCCCACACAGGAAAUAAAACUGCCCAUCCUGUGAGUAAAUCAACUGAAGACGAAAAGAAGAAAGCCACGAAAACGGAGAAUACAUCACCUACAAUUAAAUCAUCAGCACCAGAUGACACAACAAGCGUUAAGUGGGAAACCGUAUCACGUAAAAAGAUAACCAAAAAGAAAGUAGUGUCUGUAGUAAUAGGGAAUAAAGAAGAUGUUACAAAAUCUUCUAUUAAGGCUGCCCCCAAAAAAGGAUUUAUUUUUGUAUCACGCCUGGCGCCAAAUACAAAACCGACUGAAGUUUGCGAACUACUGAAAGGUGAAUUCCCGGAAGUCCAAUGUGAACAAGUGGAAACCAAAUAUCCUAUGUUCUACUCUGCUUUCAAAGUAACAAUUGACCUACACCGUUUCCAAGAUGCAAUGAAUCCACAAAUAUGGCCCAAUGGCAGCUAUGUUACGCGAUAUUUUCACCGAAGAAGCCGACAGAAAAAAUCCACUUAGCUGCCCAUAACGCCUAUGAGGACAACCCAGUGAACACUGGUUAACGGCAGCCGAGGUGGAGAUCUUAACACUACUUGACUAUAAGGUGGCCAGCAG